CCUGAAACAUUGGGCGCCGGCCACGCUCACGGCCACCGUUGAAUUAUAAGUUGUGCGCGCCAAAGGGGUAAUCGGUACAUUUAAGCUGAUCGCAGUCGGCGCUCAAUUGGAUCGGAAUUCGUUUAUAAGUUGUAGAUCCAUUACGAUCACGCCAUGGCCGAUCCAGACGCAGGGUGGAAUUUCGAGGACUUUGCAGAAGAAGCGGCGCCCGCCGACGACGUACAAGCCGCGGAAGAAGAGACUGCAGAAGGGGAAACAGCGGCCCCCGUCGAGGCGCCAAAACCGCCUGCGGAAUGGAGGAAAACUUAUAAAAAAGCUAUCGAGGAGAAGGACGCUCGCAGGAUCUUCAGGCACUGGGCCAGACCGACCAGGCUUCAAUACAAAAUAAUUUACGAUUACCAGCACAACUACUACGACGACUACAUCCACUACAUGGAUAGACGGCAGAGGGGCCUAUACGACCCAGUGCCGGUGCCUCAGACUUGGGAAGAGCGCGUGCUGAGGACUUGCACCAAGGACGGCCGCAGACUGUCUGCCAACGACUAUCCGCCCACAAGGUCCAAGCUCAACGAUUACGCCAUAAUCCCGUCCAUUUGCCGCGCAGACCACGACAAGCACUACUACUACAGACAGUUCUAUGACUACCUCAUUGGAACGCCAUGGGUGACUGUGUCGACUUUGGGACGCAACCCGAACGUCUUGGAAGUGCCGAGACCAACCAUCAAAGACAGAUUGCACGCUCAAAACAUCUGAGCUCCAAAGCCAACGGCCGAGACAAUGAUAUAGACGUAUACUACAUACUCUGUUGUAUAUAUAAUACACACUCAAGCAUAUAUAAUACCAUCAAUCAAUAAAUACUGUUUCUGUAAAA